CCGAGGGAGUGAAACACCUACUCGCUUAAUUAGCCGCGUGCGUGUCUUCACUACAGUGAUGGAAGUUCGCGUACUGGACGCGCGCAACAUCGACAACGAGCUAGAAGUUUUCCCCAGCGACGCCGCCCAGCAAAAGUGGACCGUCUCGAACGAUCACGUGGAACUUACCAGGGGCGCUUUGGUGGAUAGCAACGAGGGCGGUGUCGUGCGGCUGGUCUUCAUGGCAUUUGACAGACUCGAGGAGAUACUGCAGCCGCAAGCCGAGCCGCCGUCCGUCGUCAUGAACGACGAUCCCCAGCCCGUGUCGCGGAGAAACACCACUCGUAUUCUCAACAGCAAAGUUAUCUCGGCGUCCUUGGGAAAAGGCCGGCACAUACAGCUCUCGGAGCCCGUCCGGGUGUAUUUCAGGCAUCUGGUAGUCGAGAAUGUCACCAACCCCACUUGCGUCUUCUGGGAUUACAUCUUGAGUGCGUGGUCGGACGAGGGAUGCCAAAUACAAAAGACCAACGAGACUCACACCGUAUGCGAAUGCAAUCACCUGACGAACUUUGCCGUGCUGAUGGACGUGCACGCCGUCAGAUUGGACAUCGCUCAUCAAGUCGCUCUGCAAAUCAUCACGUAUAUAGGCUGCAUCAUUUCCGUCGUCUGUCUCGUUCUGGCCAUUCUCACAUUUCAAUUAUUUCGCGGACUGAAGUCGGAUAGGACGACGAUUCACAAGAAUCUCUGCAUGUGCCUGCUGAUAGCCGAGAUACUCUUUGUUUGUGGGAUCGGUCAGACGAAUCAGAGGGUCCUCUGCGGCAUCGUGGCCGGCUUAUUGCACUUCUUCUUCUUGUGUGCAUUUGCCUGGAUGUUCCUCGAAGGAUUCCAAUUAUACGUGAUGCUGAUCGAAGUCUUCGAGGCGGAAAAAUCUCGACUUCGUUGGUAUUAUCUGGUCGCAUAUGGCGCACCGCUACUGGUUGUAGGAAUUUCCUGCAUAAUUGAUCCACUCAGCUACGGUACCGAUCGGUAUUGCUGGCUGCGUGCAGAUAAUUAUUUCAUCUUUAGCUUCGUUGGGCCUGUGAUACUCGUUAUAUUGGUAAUUAGUUAAUAUAUUAUGUUAAUUAAUUAAACAAUGCAAUUGAUCUGCUUAAAGAAAAGCACGUUAAGAAGAAUUGAUAAUAUACGAUUG